GGGUGUCCCGACGCAGGUGCAGUGGCGAGCAUCGGACGUCUUCGGCCGGCUCCCGCAGUGGUCGUCCCGUUCCCGCGUGCUCCACAAUGGUCGAAAAAUACGUAUUUUGUAAGCACCCUCCUGCAGCCAGCUGCGAGAUUGCAUCAAUUUCAUUCGUUGGCAUCUUCCCUCUCGCACUGCUUGUCUCCGUUCGCCGCGCUUGCCACAGCGCGAGUGCAUCUUUUGUUUCUGCUAUCCUGUCGUUCAUGGCAGACCUGUACUGCAGGCGGCCUUUGCUGUUGCUCGCCGUUGUGCUGCUGCUUGCCGUUGUCGUCUUCCAUAUUUGCUGCCUCGUGCGCGUUCCAGGGAGGAAACAGACGCGGCAAACGUCGAAGACGGCCAGGAAGAUGGAGAGGGUACAAAUGAGGACCACGCUGUCCGUUGGGGCUGCGGGGUCGUUACGUCAGCGCUGCAGAAGUGCGGAAGCAGUGAGGCGGCCGUACGACCCCGCACAGUACAGCCACCUGCCGUCCCACGAGAUACCGUUGCCUCCAAGUGACGAUGACGGCGACGACCCACGAUGUUCUACCCUUCCUCUGGGCAGGGGUUCGACUCAGGAUUGGAUGGGGAGCCAGCUGCACAGGCAGGCAUCGACGCCGACGUACACUGAUCUGCUGGAGGGGUGUACCCCGGCUGGUUAUGACCCAGGAUUGGUGGAUCUCGGCUUCGGAUUGAGGUCCGGGAUUGGGGAGGAUUGCGAGGCGGACGACGGGGCCGGUGACGACGAUGAGGAGAUGGAGAUUCGUCCAGUAGGGAGAAAGCGGGGAGGRUCGAGGGCCGCGAAAAAGUUGYCGGAAACGCGCACGGGGCGGAAGGGGAAGAAGGGUGUGGAAGAUGCGUCGGUUGGCGAGGGAUCGAAAAGCCGGGAUUUUUGGACCGUGGAGCACAUGAUUGCUCUCAUCCGGGCAAAAAGAGACCGGGAUUCGCAUCUUGCCGGCCUCGCGCACACCACGGGAAGGAUGAAGACGAAGACAUGGAAGUGGGGUGACGUGGAGAAGAGGGUGGUGCAGAUGGGGGUGACGAGUAGAAAGGCCGUCGAUUGCGGGAAGAAAUGGGACAACCUAUACCAGCAAUUCAAAACCGUGCACAAGUUUAUGGGAGAAUCGGGGAAGCCAAAUUUCUUCACACUGACGCCAGGCGAGAGGAAGGAGCGGGCGUUCGAUUUUCGCAUGGAUGAGUGUGUGUAUUCGGAGAUUGCGGCGAUGACCAGGAGAGAUCACACCAUACACCCCACCAAUCUCGUCGACACCGGUGCGACUGGAGGUGUUCAAAUGCCCGGCCCAAGCGGGGGUCGGAUUGAAUCCGGCGGUAGUGACAGGGGCGGGGAUGGACAUGACGAUGAUCAGGGGUCCACGAGGGAUUCUAUCAGCGGCGGUGGUGUUGGCGGGGGCAGCAAACGAAAGAAUAUGCCCCCACGGAGCGCCUCGGCGAGGGGCAGGAAAGAGGGCGGGGUGGGCGACGGCGGGGAAACCAACAAAGGCAGAGGCCACAUACCGAAGUUGAAAAGGCAGCGCAUCGAUGACGCCAGCGCCUCACAAACUGAUGACUUCCUCGCAGACGAAGUGGCUAUGGUGGACGCGCAAGGGACGGCAAGGGUCGCGAGGUUGGGUUUCGGGCGGGAUGGAGUGUCGAGGGAGCAGAUGCAAGGAGUGAAACGCAGUGUUGUUGGCGGUGCUGCCGGGACGGUGCCAAGGACCCCAAACACGGCAGGGGUUGUCGUCACGGGCGCGCGGGUCGCGGGACAACUUUCGACGGCGGCAGGCCAAGGUCAGCCACGUCAGCCACUCCCCCUGCAACACGUGUUGGCAUCAAGGGGAGGGCACACGACGCCCACGCAAAAGGGCGACGCGACGGCCAGCGCCAGUCGGAUGGCGGCGGCAGAUCACACAGCUAAAGCUGGAGUCGUCGAAGGUGCGGAAGACAGGCCGGGGGUCGACGACGUUGGCCGUGACAAUGGCCGAAGAGACAGAAAGCGGGAGGGCAAUGACUGCGGACAGUGGGCGGAUGGCGGGCGUGUAAAACAGGAGAGGUUGUCCAGGCUGGCGGACAGUCUGCGAGCGUUGUUGUGCGCGGUCAUGUGGAUCAUGCGCAUGGGAGGUGACGACGACCGAUCGCAUUACGAGGCAUGGUCGUAUGCGUCCAUGGUCGCGAAACCGACGAUGAUAGCGGCGGGGUCGUACAUCUUCAACUGGCGCCGACACGUGGUGGACUCCGCCAACCUUGUCCUCGAUCGUUUAGGGAAGGCUCACCUCACACUUGGAGAUUACCAGCAAUGCAUUCCGGAAUGGUGCGAUUGCGGGUUGGCGUUUGGGCACAACGCUGCCCUGAAGAAUGCGGCGGAGGCCGCGAAACACGGGUGGAUCGGCAGCGGGCCCGCGGCGGAUGACGAUGGAGAUGAUGGCAAGUGACACGUCAUCUUGCCCAAAGGUGGCAGCGGGUUGGUGCGCAUCGUCGGCGCUUCGUCGACGGUGGUGACGAGUAGACGAAGCGUGCGCCUUCAAGU